GACCUCGCUUUUUCAGCCGAGGGUUUUCUUGAGGGUUUUCCACGACGCGAGAGGGCGAGAGAGAGAGAGAGAGAGAGAGGCGGUUUGAAGGACCAAGUGGGGAAGAUUCGGCCAUGGCGGAUACGAAUCACGCUUGCCCGAGAUGUCCUCACUGCGCGGGGCCUCUCUCCAAGGACAUGGAAACGAGCAGUUGGACCGUGGCGCCGCUGAUCCGAGAUAGCUUUUGCAUGAUUGGUUCUGCUGUUGGAGGAACAGCAAGCGCAUUCUAUGGAUUUAAUCAUGCUAUGCCUAUUGUCAGAAGGUGGGUGAAGGGGCCUAUGUGGAUACAUUUUCUUAUUGGUGCUCCACCUGUAAUUGUCUUCUCUUCGGCAUGUGCUGGAUUGGCAGAUUAUUUGAUUCGUUUGCUAUGCUCCAAAAUGACAAAUAAAGGAGAGCUGCUGGCUUUAUGAAGUCUUUCCAUCAGAACGAGCAAUGCCGAUCCAUGUGGUGCUCUACCAGCUCUCGCUCAACUGGCCUCUUCAUCAUAUCAUGCAGCCAUGUCAUCAUCCUCCCUGGCGCAUUCCUCCUCCCAGGAUGAUAACAUGCACAAAACAAGAAACUCCUCCCCUCUGUAAACUGGUCACCGCCUUUCUUUUGCUUCCCAAAUGAGUCUUGAACUUGUAAAAAAAAAGCAUCCACCAAUUUAGCUUUCCUUUCCUGCUCAUCUUCACCAAGGAUGGCUUGAAGCCUUGAACAAUAUCGUUCACUAUAAUUACCGAGGUUGCACUGGAUAGUCGCAUUUAUGUGUAUUCCAUAUUUGCUUCUUCCCUGAGCUCAUCUCUGUAGAUGAUCUUGUUUUCUUGUUAAAUAAAUCCAUUUAUUUUAUUACUACGAGUUUAUUUAAA